AUGGACGGACGUUGCUGCGGAGGCGGGGUGGAGGUCUACAUGGGAUUUGUGAGGCUGGGGGGCGGGACCGCCGCGCGGCUCCGGGCCGGCUGGGCCCUGGCCGUCGUCUCGGAGAGGCUGCCAGAGGAGGAGAAGGCGGACCUUCCGGCCCGUGCCCCCCGACCCCUGGCCACCCUGCCGCGUGCUCGGAUGGCCGCGGCCGCCCAGAUCAGCGUGAAGACGGAGAAAGGGCUGGCGGAGCUGAACGGCCUCCUGGCCACGCGCUCCUUCGUGGGGGGCACGGCCGCGGCCACGCCCGAGGACUUCGCCCAGUUCUCCAAGAUCCACGUCCUGCCCGACCGGGAGCUGUACCCGCACCUGCUGAGGUGGUUCAAGCAGGUGAAGGCCCUCCGCGCGCACGCGGCCGACCACGCCGAGCUCGCGGCGGCCGGGCCGGGAGCGGCGCCGGCGGCUGCCUCGGCGCCGAAGCAGCCGAAGGGCCGGGCCGCGGGGAAGGAGCGGCAGGUGCUGGCCGUGGACUGCAAGCCGCUGCAGGUGAAGGACCCGAUCUUCGCGUGCCAGCGGCCCAGCGCGGCCCGACCACCGUCAGCGACAAAUGCCUGCCCGGCAGCGACAAGAGCCCUGAGGGCAGAUAUUACGUCACGACGGCGAUCAAUUACUCGAACGGGUGGCCUCACAUAG